AUGUUUUACAUUUUCACGCUCCAUUCCAAAUCGGAUGAAUUUUCGGAUUGCAUUGAUUACAUUAAAUCAAAAGAUAUCCUCGAACCAUUUAAUUUGCAUCAUAGUUACAAAAUAAAGCAAAACGAACAAAUGUGUUUUACUGGUAACUUUAUCUUUAGUUCUGAUAAGAAAUUUAAAGCAAAGACAAAGCUAUUUUUAGACUCGGGCUAUAAUGGUGAAGAAAAGAAAAUUGAUUGGAUCGAAAAUCCAGUCGCAGUUGCUGGUGGUUGCUAUCUAAAGGACGGUAUUUCAAUCUGUCGCAAUGCAUCUACUGUGGUCAUGUGUUUGGAAGAUGUAUGUGACUUUACUGUUUAUAAGAUUGAAUAUCGUCCUAAUAAUGUCAGUUUCAAAGGAACACUUAAUGGUGUUUCAGGAUAUGAUACUAGAACAAUUGAUAUGGUUACAAUUGCAACAAAGGAAACAGGCACAAUGCAACUUUAUCGCUACAACGAUUUGAAACUAUUCAAAAAUGGACAUUUUGAAGGAACAGCGUUUCGCCAUUACGGAAUAAUUGUACAGAAUGGAAAACCAAAGAUUGAAGCCAAAAACACCUCAAAAGCAACAUCUUAUCGACUUACAGAAGAUGGCAACUCUUACUACUUUACCAUAAACUCGAGGAAAAAUGAUAUCUAUCUUCAAGUCGAUUACAUGAAGGGCGAAGAUACAGCUGAGACUAAGAAGUUGCAUUUCCAAGAAUGUCAAAUCACUCUUAAUCCAGAAGGUGAUUUAUACACAAAAGACUCCUCUAGUUUUCAAUUCACUACUUUCAAGGAACCUCUUGACACUGCUAUAAUCGUUUUAAUUGUUAUUCUUAUUCUUGCUAUUCUUGGUACUGUUGGUGGUAUUCUUUGCUGUGUUUGCCUUCCAUGUUGCUGCUGCUAUGCUUGCUGCAUCAAGUGCAUGCCAUGCUGUGCUAGAUCGGAAAAUAAGGAAUCAGCAGCUGCUGAAGUUUAA